UUAUUUAUGGGCAUGAUGGACCUGUAAAGAUGGAGUAUAUACAUUACAUGUACUUUAUAUAAAUGAUAUCCCACCGGGCAAAGAUAUAUGCACUUUUCUUCUUUGAUCUCCGAAUAACAGUCCUCUUCUAUUCGAUAUCCAACAUCCAAUUAUACAUUCCUUAGCGGCUGUGAUUUUCACUGCGUCAGCUAAUUAUUAUUUCUUACGAAAACUCACACAAUUAUAUAUCAGAAUGGAAACCACCUCCAGCAUACACAAACUUCAUCAAGAUCUCGAAUGCCCCCUUUGUCUUGAAUUGUAUAAGAACGCGAGAUCACUCAUAUGCCUUCAUACAUUCUGUCAUGGAUGUCUUGUGAAAUACCAGGGGAAACAGCGAGUCAAGAAUGUCCUAGUGUGCCCAACCUGUAGGGAGCCGACAGCUCUUACUUCAGGAAAUAUCUGCAGUCUUCGACUGAACACGAUUGUUAAUAGUAUGGCAGACACUUGGAGAGCGGUUGUCAGAUCUCCAGGAAUGGGUGAAGAGAACUGUCAAGGUUCUAUUAAUGGUCCGUCCGCAGAGGGCGUUGUAUGUCCCAUUCACAAGAACGAACGACUCGAUCAGUUCUGCUGCGUGUGCAUGGUGGCUGUCUGUCGUAACUGCAUUAUUGGAGACCACAGGAACCACAACUUUGAUGACCUAGGGAUAGCUGUAGGGAAGAUGGUAGCAGACGUCAUGAUCGCAACGAGUGCUACGAGUUCGUUCCUCCCUAAAUUGGAAAAUGCCAGAAAAGUACUGGAAGAGAAAGAGGAGACCGUCCAUUUGUCGGAGGCAGCUACUGCAUUAAAGAAAGAGAUCAAUAUGGCCGCAGAUUCCGCACUGGACUUUGUUAAUGAUGAAAUUAAUCUACAGCGAGACGCUCUUCUGGCUACUGUUGAUGGUCUGAGUUCAGCAUCGACUGGAACAAUUUCAAACAAGAUUGAACAGGAUGCUAAGACCACGUACCACCUUGCACAAUCUGUAAUCGAUUCGCCUCAAAAGAAAACUCUUUCUGGCGUCGAAGUUGCGAGCAUCUAUCCGGAGCUCCGACGAAAACUUAAGAAUAUGAUAGAGUCUUGUCUUGACGGUGGUUUGCUUGAUGCGAUGUGCGGACUGCAGGUACCAUCAUUCUCUCCCAAUCCACAACUUGUGAAGCAAAUAAACAUUGGGCGUCUCGACCAUCCUACAAGCUGGCGGCUUGCCAGAACUGUGAGCGUUCCUACUAACAGAAUCGGUGAAGCCAUCUCUAUGAAAGCAGCACCCAACGGGAAACUGGCGAUUGGAUACAAGAACGGAGGUGUGGAAAUUAUUGAUCCAUUGGGAACUAGGGAACAUGAGUCAAUCUUACAUGACGUCAAGCUUCUUGACUUUGCUUUCCUGCAGGAUAGCACAAUUGCAAUUGUGACGCUACACCGGAAACUAUUCCUCUUUAGCCAAAAGAAUGCCAAGCUCGAUGUGACCUUCAACACCCCAACUACAAGUGGAUUGAUGUCUGUGGAUGUCGACGACCACGGAUCAAUCAUCGUUGGCUUUGCAGAACACCGGGUUAUCCACGUCUACAGCCCAGAUGGAGGAGACCCAACCAAAGUGAUUGACCUUAAGGACUUUGCCCCCUGGAAUGUUAAAACCGCCACCAUGGGUCGCAUCAUCAGCAAGGAUCUCAAUUCAAUCAGAGUCUACGACCGAUCUGGUGCUGUCAAGGCCACCAUCUCAGAGACACCUCCUCUCUGUUCCUUUGCCACAGCGGACAAGACGGGCAGUAUCUUUGUCGCGGUCCUCCGUAAAAGCAAGCAGAUCUCUGUUGCAAAGCAUCGUCUUGAUGGGACUCUCGAUGAGAUCAUCAUGAAGGAACAGACUGUCUACAAGAUCGACGACAAGAAAUUCUGGUUUUCUCUAUCCGCGCUCUCCAGAGACUGUCUGGCUGUGUCUGACACGAGGAAUAUCUUCAUUUAUCGUAAUAUUCCCGUCCUUCCAGAUUUAAUCGAAUUGGCAAAAUAAACCCCUUGCCUCCUUCUUUUUU